AUGAAAAGUAAUGUUUAUGUAGGCCUAAAACCUGUUUUAGGGUCAGCAACAUUAGGAGGCGAGGUGAGCCAAGACCGGUACGACUACGUGCUGCAUCCCAUCAGCAAUAGUAGAUAUCGCGAUCGUGUCAAAGUAGCGGUUCACCAGCAUUACCAGCAACCGCUGAAUGGACGAAGAGAAGCACUCGAGGUACCGCAAUUGCAAUUGCAGGAUUUGUCUGUUCCGCCUAAAUCCCCAGAGAGUGCUACACCGGGCUGCAUAGGUUUGCUGGCUUCGUGGGUGGACAUGGAGAGUGCAGAUGUCGAUGUGCAAGAACUGAGCUUCCAAGUGCUGGCUAAUGAGCAUAAUUACGCGGCUUUCGUGGGGAUCAAACAACUCAUUCUCGCACCGCCCAAAAAUCUGGCUAGUAUCAACCGAUAUGCUCUCAUGGUCGCACGUCUUCUUUCUGUCAGGGACAACAACAAUUGCAUUGAUGGCGAAGAUCCAGUUUUGUCAAUCUCGUUGCCAUUUUUCGAGGAUUCAGACCCGCUUUCCACUUGGGAACUAUGGUGUACCGUACGCAAAAUCUGUGGCUAUCAUUCAAAUUUGACCGUGUCGUUGGCUCUGCCGCGAGAUAAAGUGCCCUCCUACGUGUUACAAAGGUGGCUAGCAGAACCUGUCACUUGUCUCUUGGUUUCCUCUUCGAUAUUUGCAACAAACCAGCACAACUACCCUGUUCUCAACAAAUUCAACCAGCAGAUCAUUUUCGAAUUUCAAAAAAUUAACGGUAACUCCCAAACUAAGCUGUCGGAGCUAUGCGUUAUCCUUCAUGGUGUUGAAAAAUACGGAUUUCAAGUCAAAGGCGGUGAAGUUGCGUACCUGGAGUACAUCAACUAUCUUCUCAAGCGAGGUGACAAGCUCAUAUUAACAAACCCCAGCAUGCAUAAAUUUGCCGAACCACGACUAAUGCCACCGCUGGACCCAUUCUCUACUGAAAUAUCAAACGCUGUUUACCAUACUUUCGAACAAGACAAAACCAAAUACCAAAUGUACGGCAAAGCCAUCAGAAAAGCGUUAAAAAAAUUGAUAGCGGAUGGUAUAAUGGGUAGCCGGAGCUCUUCUAGAUUGAUUAUUUUAAUUGCUGGAGCAGGAAGGGGACCUCUGGUAGAUGAGGCUUACAUGGCUAUUAAGGAGUUGAGAGUUCAAUAUUAUAGCAUAAUUGCUUUGGAAAAGAGUUCGCGGGCGGCACUUUACUUGCAGAAAAGAAAGCAUGAAUACUGGAAGGACUCUGUAGAAAUUGUCAAAGAUGACGCCUGCUCGUGGAGAAGCGAAAUCAAGAUUGAUUUGUGCAUAAGUGAGCUCCUCGGUUCAUUCGGUUGUAACGAGCUAGCUCCAGAGUCUCUGCUAAACGUGGAGAAAUACAGCUGCAAGGAUACGACGGUUUUCAUACCGCAAAGCUACUCCUCUUUUGUGGCACCGAUUUCAGCACCAUUGCUGUUUCAAACUCUGAGUAAAAUAAACAUGCCCGAUGCCUUCGAAAAGCCAUGGAUUAUUCACAACAUCCCCCAUUGCAUUACUUCCACCAAGUUAAACGAGAUUUGGUCGUUUCAUCAUCCACUGGCAGACUCAAAGUUGACCAAAUCGGCUGUGACUGAUUUCAAAAUUAAAAAUAAAUGUGAAGUACAUGGUUUACUAGGACUUUUCAAGGCUACUCUCUUUGAUGACAUCUGCUUGUCUAUUUUACCAGACGGCUCCACUCUUAAAAUGGCGGGACCCCUUCAUGAUGCAAAUGACAAUGCAGGUUUAUAUGCCAAAGGUGAGCAUACCCCGGAUAUGAUGUCGUGGUCACCUAUUGUUUUCCCUCUCAAGCAGCCGUUCUUCAUAUCUGAUGACAGUGAGCUUGAGCUUUUCAUGACGAGGAAUCAUGAUCGAGUAAGUCACAAGUUCUGGUAUGAAUGGUCUGUGAGCUCGUUCGUCUAUUUAGUUAUGGCCGAAAACAAAGCGCGAUCUCUGCAAUCUGCAAAGCAUGGCGCUGCUAAUACAGCAUUGCAGACAAGUCAACCUAACAAUCGUUUUGCAUCGCCCCCUGCUGUAGACAUUCAUAAAGCAUUCGAUCAAUUCCAAUCGACUUCCGGCACCCUGCCGGACGAAAAUCAACAAACAGUAAGCGAAGAUUAUGAUAUGUUUGAAAACUCAGGUAGUGAAAGUGGUUUUAUGGACGGUCAUCAUGGUGGAUGGAAGAGUGUGCACGAUAUUCACGGUCUAGGUUCUAAGAACCCACCGGUCUUUGAUUUGCAACAGUCAUCCCAGAAUUCGAUAGAUCAGAGUCCAACUUUUGAGGAGUUACAUGUUAGAGUGAGGACAGGCUCGACAGAAAUGCAAAAUGUUGCUGGCAGAUUUUCUUGGAUAAACUUGAGGUAG